UCAAUCGAUUGUUUGAGUACACUGAGUAAAUCAGCCUUUUGUGUUUCAAUCACUUUAAACCUUAAACUUCAAUCCAAUAAUCUAAUCUAACUCGUAAUAUACUCGCCUGGCCAUGCAUACUGAAAAUGAUGAUAAUAAGACCUUCUAUGCCAUGAACUAUCAUGAGGUAAGUAAUCUCCCACAAUUGGAGCUCGCAGCUUAACAGACCAAGUGACGCCGCAGAUGAGUUGCUUUGGCAUAAUGGACGUCGACUAUGAGGAUCGAUGCAUGUUGGCCGACAAGUUGGCCGAGUGUGACGUUCUCUCGACCAUGGUCCAUUAUUUUACUCUUCUAUAUUGUGACCUGAACAUACGGAGCAAGUUGACCGAGCUGUGCGCGCUGUUCAUUAUGCUCCUGGUGAUAUUUGCUCUGAUGGUCACCAUUAGCAUUAUCGUCGAGAGUCAUUUCAGUCCCAUGCUGAAGAUUAUUUCGAUGAAGAUGGGCCUGAGUGAGUAUGUGGCCGGCUCGAUGCUGCUCGCCAUUGGAAAUUCCAUGCCGGACGCACUGGCAAACAUGUUGCCAGUGAGAUCCGAGGCACCCAUGUACUCCAUUUCCAUCAGCAAUUCAUUGGCCAUCGUUCUGGUUGCCGGCGGAAUGGUCUGUUACCUCAAACCCUUCAAGAUGAACCCUCACAACACCCUGCGGGAUCUCCUCAUUCUGAUGCUGGCGUGUGAGACCCUGACUUUUGUAUUGCUCAGGCACGAGCGCCUCUACGCCAGAGAUGGUAUCUAUCUGAUCUGUGGCUACUGCGUUUAUGUGCUGGUAAACAUUUCCGAUCUCAUCGUGGUGCGCAAGACCAUCAAAUCGCUGCGUGCACAGAUUUCGGAAGCAAUUCUCAGUCCAGAGUCUGAGGAACGCAAUGCCCAGAUAGGCCGGAUGCGGUACACACUUAACGAAUUGGAGAAGGAUCAUCAGCUAAGUAUUCACCGACACAGGGGCAGACGGCGAAGCUCCUCCUGGAGAUUUCACAGCGAUAGCGAAAUUCCGCACUCUGCCAGGAGGUUUUCCUAUGGAUUCACCACACCCAGGCCAAAGCCAACAACUCCCGAAGUGGAUUUUGAGGCAACACGCACGAUACUGCAUUCGAAUCAGAAUUCGCGGAACCUUUUUCUGUUCGCAGAUUUCUGGGAGACCGUACUCCCCCUCGAUCUGGAGAAAUGGGCUUUUUCCGGUUGCUGUACGCGCUUUCUGAUGAUAUUGAAAGCACCUUUGGAGUUCUUCUGUACGAUAUUUCUGCCCAUGGUGGACUACGAGAAGGAUAAGCACGGCUGGAGCAAGUUGCUCAACUGCAUUCAGAUAGUCACCUGCCCCGUGUUUAUGAUCAUGCUUUUGGAGUCUAUUAUUGUGAACAAGUUCACUGGCUGGUUCAUUGAAAUGCAAUUCACGUAUGCCACGUGGAGUCUGUGCAUCACAGUUCCCUUAGCUGUCUUUACAUUUAUAAAUUCCCGAACCGAUUUACCGCCCCCGUACCAUUUGCUAUUUCUUGGUCUGAAUGCCGCCGGUUCGCUGCUAAUAAUGGCAAUCUUUGCUGCCGAGCUCGAGUUCCUGUGCUGCAUUGGGGGACUGAUCCUGUACCUGUCCGAGCCCUUCGUGGCCGUCACCUUUCGAUCGCUGGCCGGUUCUAUCUCGGACAUGAUUGUGGCCGUAUCCCUGGCCAUGGAGGGCUACGAACAGAUGGCCUUGGGCGCCAUCUUAGGUGCUCCCAUCUUCAAUAUAAUGAGUGGCAUGGGCCUGGCAAUCUUGUUCCAGAAAACUGUCCGCCAUGGCCCCACAUUUUUUCUGUUUGGAAAGCUUGGCGAGAACUGUUACAUCUUCUUCUAUCUGGCCAUCCUAUCCACGUUGUGGUGGACCUUGACAUUCAACUUCUUCGCUCGCCGCUCCGCAGGAGUAUUCUCGUUUAUUUUAUAUGCAGUUUUCAUCAUGUAUUCCGCCCUCGUUGAGUGGCACGUCGUCCAUGAGUUCAGCAAAGAUAGUUACAUUGCUCCGAAAUAA